AUGGAAGACCAGAUUGAGGAAAUGGAGUUAAAACCGGUGAAUGUUAGGCGCACCUUCACUCUAAGGAGCAAUGUGGCCCGACAGGUGGCUGUUAAUUUCAUGCCGUCAAGACAGCUGCCGUACGGCACGUUACGUUUGCGUCGUACCACCUCGGAGAAUAAUGUAUUGCUGGAGUCGAGCGGCGAUGAGACCGACAAGCAGGCUGAGAUCAUCGUGCGAGAGAUGGAACAACACCAACGCCUCAUGGAGGACAAUCCCGUGUCCGAAGAACUCAGAAGAGAGGCCUUGCGAGAUUUGCCGCAGGGUUUGACUAUGAAGAGAAAUGUACGCGCUAAAUUGUCAGCCUCGGUCAGCCUGCGGUCUAAGCACAGACCCAUCAACAUGUUCAAGCGCCUCAAGUACCGGAUAAGUUUCGCAUGGAAGAAGGCUCGUGACCGAAUUAGCGACCUGAUUUUCUCCAUCGAGCUCUGGUACGAAGCCAUCCGUCACGUGGAGGGCCACUUCGGUUCGGCCGUGGGUUCCUAUUUCCACUUCCUGCGCUGGCUGUUCGCGCUCGACCUCGUGCUGGCGGUGCUGGUGAUCUCCUUCGUCGUGGUACCGCAAGCGUUGCACGACCAGCACCGGAACCGCACCGGCUCUAUGGGGUUCUUGGACUUUGUCAGCGGGAAGGGUGGCUUUGAAGAUAGUCUGCUAUUCUACGGGCACUACCACGACGGCGACAUCGUCACCACUGGCCCGCUUACCUACAAUAUGCCCUUUGCAUAUUUCUUCACCAUGCUCUGUCUCUACUUCUUGUUUUUCGCCCUUCUGUGCUAUAGGACGGCGUAUUCGUACCGGCGAAACUUCAUAGAAAUCGCGGGCGGUUUGAGCAACGUGUUCGCGAGCAAAGUGUUUUGUGGCUGGGACUUUGGUAUCACGUCUCAGCAAGCCGCCGCUCUUAACGCUUCCAGCAUCUACAACGAGUUUAAGGAACUUCUUAGCGAACAGAACAAGAAUCAAGUGACGAAAUCAUUCUGGACGAAGUUCUGGCAGUGUUUAGUGAAUAUAGUCGUUACUGCCUUCGUAUUAGGGCUCAUAAUCAGCCUAGAGUACGGUCUGUGGCAACUGCUCAGCUCGGAAACGGAUCUCUCGCGUUGGGAGAUAUACGUGUCAUCGAUAGUGACUUUCGUGUUGGCAGUUUGUCCGAUUUUGUUCCACUUGAUCGUUAGGUUAGAGUUCUACAAGCCAAGGACUGGAUUUUAUGUGACUUUAGCGAGGACUGGGCUGCUUGAUAUUGGAACCCUCACUCUCCUGUUGGUGUACUGGGCGAGGUCCGGCUCUGAAUGUUGGGAGACCUCGAUGGGACAGGAGGCCUACCGCCUCGUGAUACUCGACGCUUUGCUUUCUUUGUUUCUGAUCCCACUUGUUGAGUUCGCUAGAAGUUUCAUUUUUAAAAUGAACCCUAGUGAUUCGCCGCCAGAGUUCAAUAUCGCGUACAACUCAUUGACACUGAUCUACAACCAGGCAGUGUUGUGGUACGGCAUGUUAUUUUCGCCCUUAUUGACGGUGGUAGUAACGUUCAAGUUCUUCCUAUUGUUUUAUGUGAAGAGAGAAUGUGCUCUGCGGGCCUGUCAGCCUGCCCGGAAGGUAUGGCGAGCUGCACAGACACAGACGGUGCUGUACAUGCUAGUCACCUUGUCUUUGUUCACGACACUCUUCACCAUCGGAAGCUUGUUCGUACGAGGUUCGUCGCAACACUGCGGACCGUUCCGCGGGUACGAGGCGGUGUACAGCGUGGUGAGCGAGGGCGUGCUGCAGCUGGCCCGCAGGAGAACGCUCGCACAAGUGCUGGCCUUCCUCACGCGCCCCGGCGUCAUCGCCUUCCUGCUGCUGUCGCUCUGCGUGGCGGUGUACUACAUGAGAGCGAAGGCCCGUGCACAGCGCUCCAUGGUUGGCAUCCUACGACGAAUGCUGGUGCUGCAGUCCAAGGACAAGGACUUCCUGCUGGCCGCCAUCGACAAGGUCUCCAAUGGAGAAUGGCUUUAUAGUCCCAAACCAGAAGACCAAGGCGCCGACAGUCACACCUGGAAAUACCUCCAAGAAGUCCGCAAACCUUCCAACGCCGGCUACCAUUUCGACCCCACCAGGCUCAACCACUCGAUGAUCGAGAGGCCGCGUUCGUACGCCAAGGAUAUACGCCCCAAUUCGUACCACAUGGAGAGACGGAAGUCCAGCGAGGACGGUGAGACCGACAGCUCUUUCUCUUGGCAGGGAUCCGGGAACUGUUUGAAUAAGGAGAAUGAUGCCGAGGUUGGCAAGUGGUUGUAA